AUGUCGGCCGCGUGCCAAACUCUCGUGUUGAAGGUCGGAACUUCGACGAUCAUGACCUCGGACGGGCGAGGCCAGCGGGUGAAUGUCGCGAACCUCUCGAGGCUAGUUGAAGUCAUCGCAGACCUUGCCUACAAAGGGUUCAAGGUUGUCCUUGCCUCUUCCGGCGCAGUUGGCAUGGGCUGCAGGGAGCUGGGGUUGAAGAAGAAGCCCACGACGCCGGCGCUGAAGCGAGCAGUCGCUGGGGCUGGCCAAAGUCGCAUCAUGCGUGUGUACUCGGAGCUCUUCGAGACAGUGGGGCUAAAAAUUGCUCAGCUCUUGGUGAGUCAGCGUGACUUUUUGGAGCAGCAGCGCUGGGCUGAAAUUCGAGACACGAUUGCAGCAUGUCUCGAAGCUGGCGUGGUUCCAAUCAUCAAUGAGAACGACACCACCAACACGGACGGCAUGCGCUUCGGCGACAACGACAACCUGGCGGCCCUAACAGCGGUUCAGCUAGGGGCAGCAGGCGUUUUUCUGUUCACCGAUGUGGACUACCUGUACACGGCCAACCCCAAUUUGGACCCAUCCGCGGAGCCUAUGAGGGUUGUCAACGAGGCCUUCGAACUCGACGUUGACACCCGUGAACCUGGCUCUUCCCUGGGCACUGGCGGCAUGUCCACCAAGGUAGCUGCUGCCCGGACGGCCCACUGUGCAGGGAUCCCUUGCGGCAUCCUGCAUGGCAAGUACCCGGAACGCAUCUUUAGUUUCCUGAACAAACUGGAUGAGGAUGCUGGCUCUACAUGCACCUCCCGGACCUCUCCGAAGGUAGCGGAGAGCGACACUUCAAGUGAGGUGGAGCCCGAACCAGAAGGCACCCUCUUCGCAGCACGCGAGGGUGAGCACAGAACGGAAGCUGAAAGGUGGAUACUCAGCCUGCCUGUCGUUGGAGAUGUAGAUGUUCACGCACCCGACAACCUGGAAAACUUGAGCCCGUGCGCUCUUCGGGCGACGCUCUUGGCUGCUGCUGCCGAAAGCUUGGAUGGCCUUCAGAGCCUCUCUGGCACAGCCCAUGAUGGAGGUGUGAGGGUUUUCCACCAGAAGUCGGAAGUUGCACGGAUGCGUGUGAUCCUGGAUGAGGAAGGGGCUUGCCUGCCAGCCCCAGAGCCGGAACAGACCAUUGUGCUCACACCUGCUGCAGAGUCCCUCUGCUGA